AUGCAGAUCCUGACCUGCCCCUCCAAGUUGAGGUUGCUUGAGACUGUGCUACAACGUCACCUGCCCCAGGCUCUUCCGGCCUACGGAGCUGUGAUGCACAUCAACCGUAGAAAUCCAGCUCAGCACGAAGUGGUGGUGGACUCUUGGCCGGAGUUUAAAGUUGUCCUUACCCGCCCAUGUAAGGAGGUGGUGAAAGACAAGCAGGAUUACUACGCCAACUUUCAUACUGCUUUCUACUUGGAUGUAGACGCCUGGCGAACACUGUUGGAAAAUGCAGGCGCCAUUGACUGGGGAAAGGCCUUUCAACUUCAAGGGAACCAUGAUGGGAUAUACGAGGUCGCUAAAGAGGCUGUUGCUGCCAAGGAAGUCCAGUUGACUGUAACCCCCUACUUCACCUACCUGAACCUCAACCCAGAUAAACAGCCUGAGCCCCGGCUAGAUCCAGGCUUCAUUUUUUCCUCCUUGAAUAGCUCCCACAUUGACCUGCUGAAUGAAACAUGGCACUAUGGGGGCAGUGAACACAGCCGCAGAUACCUGGCCAACAUGGUGCGAUGCUUCCCCAGUACCUGCAUCCUGGACUCCAAUGGUCAUCCUAUCAGCUGGAUCAUCAUGGAAUCUCUGGGUACACUGAGACACAGCUACACCCUUCGAUCCCACCGCCGAAGGGGCUACUCAUCUAUGGUGCAGAGGGCACAGGCCAUACGUGUCCAUGCAGCUGGCUUCCCUGUAUAUGGCCUUGUUGCCCUAGAUAAUACCCCCCAGCAGAAACUGCUGGUCUCCCUUGGCUUCCAGAGAUUAUCUGAACUGUGUCAUUACUGCAUCCAUUCUGCAGCUUCUCAGUGA